CUACUCGAUCGACAAGUGCAUUCAAGCUGCGCACGCGCGUAAUACCGCAGGUAUAUUUCACAUGCACGCACCGUGCAUGCAUGCAGUUGAUUCAACAUGGACGGCUCAGCGCGAGAAAAUAACUACAGAAAACCGUGAUUUUUCCCACGAUUGUCGGAGUUGUUUCUUCACCCAGGCAACGCAGAACGGGCUUUGGAGAUAAGUGGAACCUACAGACGGACAAGCCGUGUCUUGGCACGGUUGAUUGAGGCAACAGUAAGCAGGCCCCUUGUUGGGACUCUGAAUACCAGCCACCAUGGGGGAUUGUGGCGGGUUUUAUGACCAAGAAGUCCCCUAUAUGGACCCACAGACUGUUCCCGAUGUAGAUGAAUCCUCACCCGGCCGUUACUGUGACGAUUACGGUUGCGGAUACCGUGCCGAAUGCCACGACAAACUGGACAGUAACUGUUGCCUGGACAAAGACUGCCUGGAGAAAGAUUCUGAAGAACUGUUUCAAGACCUGGAUCAGCUACAAGAUGAAUGGUUGGAUGGCCUGUGUGAUUUGGAUACCGAAGCAGAGCAGUUUGUACCAGACUUCCAGAGCGAGAAUCUUCCUCUCAACGUGAAAAUCAAGGCAGAGCCCAAGAGUCCCAGUUGUCACAAGCCAUGCGCUCACAUGAAGUUCCCCUUUCCUCCUUCCUCUGCGGCCUCCUCCAACGCCACCUCCUUGUCAUCUUCCUCCCACUUCGACUUCAGCAGCCGCAAGUUCGAGUUCGGCGAGCAGCUGGUGGUGGACGUGCCCCCUAUGAAACUGGAGGGCUUGGCUAGUCCUCCUAUCAACACCACCAACUCUGCUGCUACCAACACCGAUGAACGUGGCAGUGCAGGCAACCCACGGAUCACCACACCCAUGCCUGCAGCGUCGUCUUCUUCCCUGCCUAGUCUGGACCUCAACUUCAACGUGGUCAAGCAGGAGAUGGCUCACUCCUCACCGAGAUCCUCCUGCGCUCUUUCGGCUUGUACUCCCUUCAAGGAACCGGCGUUUCCUUGCGGUCGCGAGCACCAAGGAUACAGCAUAGAAAAGAGGUUUCAUCGCCAGACAUCAGAGCCCUGCUUCGUGGCCUUUGCCAGCGAGCAGCGCUCUCCCUUCCAGCGUCAGAACUCAGAGCCUACGUUUCUUCCUUUCAAGCAUCACGGGCUGGUCAACGGUCAGUUUGACCACGGCUACAGUGGCUUCCAGGUCAAGCAGGAACCAAGGGACUUCUACGAAGCUGAGGUACCAAAUUCCUGUUGCAUGGGGUUCCAGCGAGGGGAGAUGUUCAACCAACAAGGAAAUGCUGAUGGAUGUAUUCCCGAGCAAGCAGCCAGACACUUCUUUGAUGAUGCCAGCGUUCCUGAGAAGAUUCCCGAAGGUGAGACCAAGACUGAGACGUUCCGUGAGGGGCCGCCAUACCAGCGCCGCGGCUCCCUUCAACUCUGGCAGUUUCUGGUCACCCUUCUGGAGGACCCGGCUAACGGCGGCUUCAUAGCCUGGACUGGACGCGGACUGGAAUUCAAGCUGAUUGAGCCCGAAGAGGUCGCUAGACGAUGGGGAAUCCAGAAGAACCGACCAGCCAUGAACUACGACAAACUCUCCCGCUCCCUGCGCUACUACUACGAGAAGGGCAUCAUGCAGAAGGUUGCCGGCGAGCGCUACGUCUACAAGUUUGUCUGCGACCCCGAGGCUCUGUUCAUGAUGGCGUUCCCUGACGGCCUGCGCACUCCCCUGACCACCGCGAUGCCCCCGGCCAACGCCUCAGACCGCAGUGUACCGGCCAGCCAGCCGGUUAAGAUCAAGGAGGAACCGGCCUACCAGAUGCAGGAACGCCAGGAUAUGUACGUCCCAGACAUGCUUCCGGCCUGCCCUCCACUCCAACACCACUUGGAGGGCUCCACUUAUUAAAACAAAACAAAAAAAUCAGAGUUUGUAACAGCUACAGAAUCCUGAAAUGGACGACAUUUGUGAAUGUGUGUGUCUGUGUUUGCUUCUUCAGUACCAACCUCAGAGUUUGUCACCGACGCAUUUUGUAUCUGUAGGUUUUGUUGUAAAUUGCGUCUUUAUGUUGUGCAUUCACAGUAUCCUGUAGGAUUAAAGGAACAGUUUGAUGUUGCUUUUUUGGGGGCAAAUAGGACAGGACUUGAAAUUUCUUUAACGCCAAAGCUAUAAAGGAAUGGGUUGUAUUUUGGUUGGGAUUUUAUUAAGUGGGAUUUUUGUUCAGGAUGAAAAGUAUUUUCUUUAAAAUGCACGUGUAAGGGGUUGAAAGAAUUGUCAGUAAACUAUUCUGAAGACACAUUAGCAUUUGUAACUCAACUGUGUUUCUGUACUAUUUUUUUUUGGGGGGGGGGUUAAAAGUUCUUCUUUUUUUCUUAGCAGUGACACUUUGAAGAUCUCUCGUGAUUUUUUUAAAUCUUACAAAAUUAAGUACAUAAUAUUUUGUACACGUUUAUACUUUGGAUUACGCUGUUGGCUGUUUUGUAGUGGAAAGUGGGAAAGUCAAAAUGGGGACAAUAAUUUAGGGCUUUGUGGAUUAGAAGCGCAAAUUCUUACCAAAAUAAGAAAGUUUCGCAGGACUUGAGUGAAUUCAACUUGAUGGAAAAAUGCUCACAAGAAAAUUGUGUUGGAUGGAAGGUGAUUGGCCAUUUAACUCCUUAUAUCGGCCAAUCAGGUUGGAUGGCUCAGCUGGCAAGAAUGACUGACCAUUGUCAUUGGUCAAUUUAGCUGUUUCAUUCAACAUUUUAGUUAGAGAUUUUUUUAUGUCAUAAACCUUUUUAUUGAAUUGUUUAUUUACAAGUAAAAGUACUAUUAAAAAAAGUGUGACACUGAUCACUCUGAAAGAGUUGCUUGUUUGGUUUGAAACGGAGAAAAAAAAAAGAGCUAGCUUAAAUAAUUCAGGAUAAGAAUUCAGGGGAUUUUUUAACUUCACAAUUUGAGGAGAAUAACACUGUAAAAAUUAAGAUUGAGAAAAGGUUUGUGUGGUUUAGUUAUUUUUCCUCUAAUCAAAGAAAAGGGCAGAUUAGAUUUUAACAUAGUACUUGUAGUUUAUCCAGGUGGCAGGGCACCGAGUACUUCUUCACUGAAUGAGUGUGGAAUGGGCAGGGUGGCCCUGGACUGUGUAUAAAUAAAAAUCAUGUUUUUGUACAGAAUCAUUUAGAGAUUCUUUUUUUUUAAAUUCAAAAUAGGUGAUUUGCUUUGGUUAGUAUUACACUCGGCUACAUUUACAUACCUGUAGAACGGGAAGUAUACAUACUGUAUCUAAGAAACAAAGGUGUUUUUUCACGCUCAUUGUAAAGUUAAAGCCCCUUCUUUCUUCAAUAUAUUUUUGUCACUGAAAUUUUAAAAAAAUACAAAGAAUGUAGACUAUAAAGAGAAAAAUAAACAACUAAUUUUUUUAUUAUGAAAAGAACAAAAAAAGAUAUGAAAGGUUAAAAAAAAUCAGAGACACUUAGUUGGAAGGUAAACGUGUGUUAUUAACUUGUAUAAUAUGAUAUUAAAGAUGAUAUUUUCAAGUACAAUGGACGAUAGUGUACAUGUUGUACGAUUAUGAUCAGCAAGGUAUGUACGUUAACCCAUGUUCUUUGGUUUUAAAUUUAAUUAAUUGUAAUGCCAAGUACGCCAGCUUUCCUUGUACUGUGUGUUGUGCAUGUCUCUCUGUACAAAGGCAGUUUACCAGCUAUGCUGGUGUGUUGAGACAGUGUUUGAAAUUUUGACUGGUUUCCCUGCAAACUAAAUACCCCCAAAAUAGGUCUUGUCUGAAUGAAAAUGAGCACUUUACAGUGUUUUAUUAAUCCAGCUUACUUCAAUCCUUAGUUACAAGUAAAUGUACUAGAAUCUUCCAUGCGGCAAAACAAAAUGUAACUUCUGACGGCUUUGUGGCAUUUCAAAUUUAAAGAAAAAGAAAAAACACCGUCUGUUUUGUGAAAGAGGCUGCAUCUGUCACAAGCAGAGCAGUCGGCAAACUUCCAUCAGCCAUCUUUGUCAUGUUCCUAGAAGGCUUAAUAGGGAAGCAUAAUGUAAUCACAUUCCAUCUAAGGCACCAAUCUAUAUAAACCCAACGACCUUGGUAAGGCUGUUUAAGAGUCUGACCCUAUAUUACAAAAGUCUGUGAAAUGUUGCCACGGUAAGCCUCACACAUUGACAUUGUCUACCUUAAGCAGCUAAGUAUCGUACAGAAGAAUCGUUGUACCUUCUGUGUGGUGAAAAACUGUCCAUAUUUAUCGGUGAAAAAAAGUUUUGUCCAGCUGUAAUGGUGUCAUAUGAUAAAUUAUACGUGUUUGUGAAUCAGUUCGUGGUGUGAAAUAGUGGCAAGUGUUUGCAAUUAUCCCCACGCGUCAAGAAAACUAAUUGUAUCUUAAGUAUUACAUUUACCCAAAUCUCCCAGAGGAUUGAUAAUAAUUAUUAAAACGAAUUAAUUCUCCACAGUGGUAUUUAAGUCGUUGCAAACGUAUGACAAAUAUGUAACUUUUCAGAUAGAUUUUUUAAAAAGAUUUUUUAAAAGAUAUUUCAAAUGUUUUCUUCUUUUUUUUGGUAAGGAUGAUGGAGAAAUCAGUACAAAUCAUGUUUUAAAAAGUGUGGUCCAAAAUGUAAGAAGUUCUUUCUCUUGCAUUUAGAAACAUGGUUCCAUUGUGAAUAACCUAAAGUUAGAAAAAGCAUUGUGUUUCCCCACUCGCGUAAAAUAAGUGUUUCCCAGAAUAUAUUUUGUGUUUUUAACCAAAAAAAGUUAAACAGUUUGUUUUAAAAUACAUGCGGAUUUCAAGUGUUGUAAAAAGUGGAGACAAAAAUGCUUCAAAGAUAAUGUUCACCAUUUGUCAUUUUUCAACAUUAAAUCAACAGACAUUGAAUGCUUGGGGAAAAUACUUACUUCACACCCUACAUUCUCUGAGUUGAUUGAUAUCCACAAUUAGGUUCUGUGAUAUUUUGAUGAGUAGACCAAUGCUGAGCCGGUCACUUCUACUUUCUAAAGGGCCGAUGGCUUGAUUUUUUUCCAGUGUUGUUUUUAACCGAUUUAGGAUCAAAACAUAUUAACUAAAGAGUGUAAGGGAUAAUAGUUGGGCCCACUGUGACAGAGCUACGAGGUAGAAAAUACACGUUGAGCAAAACAGUUAUUAGCUGAGAAAAGGCAAAGGCAUUGAGCAAAUACUUUUGCUCCAUCUUUUGUUUUUCAUGACAACAGUUUACCUGCGAAUCUUAGCACAAAUUUGACCAGAUUUGGCUCCAGUGGCAACUGUCUUCCAACUCGGAAAAUAACUUCAAACUAAUGUACUUGUUAAAGCUCAACAAACCCCAAUGUUCCUUCAUCACGAAUGUACAAGAUGUUACCUCUUUCAUAAUUAUUUCUCCAUCACGUUGUUGCUUUAAUCUCGUCUCUCUGUUCUGGAUUGUAUGUACUACUCGCUCUUCAGUUUACUCAGAUUUAAGUUGUUUCAAAAUAAAAGAUACCUUUUUUUGUACAUAUCCAAAAUGGA